AUGCUUGUCUACUCGCUGGCAGGAGCUGCUUUGCUCUCUGCUCUUCUUGUAACAAUCCUCAAUGGCUUCGCGUACGCCGCACUGCAAUCGUUACCCUCCCAUACCCCGGCAACUGGGUUAGCUCCCGUCCUCCUCAGCAUCCUGACCUGCCUAGCCCUGUUGGCCCUCAGCCUACUCAUCCAGACGAAUGCACGGAGUGAUGCCCACUGGCCUACAUGGAAGAUCGGCGUUUUCUACUGCACAGGUGCAUACCUGCUCAUCAGUACCGCCUCUUUAGCGGGCACAAUGGCUACCCACGAUCUAUACAACUUGCCGAGACAGGGGGGCAUCUUCAUCGCCCGCUCCAUCAUCUGGGCCCUGUCCAUCCUGACACAGGGUCUCUACUACGGCUUCCUCCUGGUGACCCUGGCCCAUCGCAAGCCAUGCCCAGACUGGCCGCACUCAUACUCGCAGGAGCUCAAAUCGCUCCCCGACAGCCCCGGGUCUGUCGCAUUGCCCGCACAGGCUCUCUGUGACCCCUACCCGGAGCUGAAACAGUUCGACACAAGACGUUCCUCGCUGCGCAAGUAUCCGCGACGCUCCCAUCGCUUCUCGGGGGGGACACUUUGCCUUGAGAGCAGCGAGGAAGCUAAGCACAACUCUCUCGACAGGAAUUCAUCCACACUUUCCUCGCCUGAGCCAUCACCCUCCACCGAGCAGACAACCGAGCAGACGCAGGUGCAGGUGCAGGUGCAGAUGCAGACGCAGACGCAGGCGCAGACGCAGACGCAGACGCAUACACAGAUGUCCGACCCGUUCGUUUCAGACCGUGACACUCGCCCCCUGCUCCGCGGCUCCAGUUUCCGGAGCAUACCCAGUCUACGCCGCGAGCAGAAUAUCCAGCUCUCGCUCGACAGCCUCGUCCAGGCGUCCUCGCCGACAGCAUCAAGCUUCGCGUUUGACUCGCCCUCCGUCUCGAGCCUGACAUUGGCUCCGCCGGAACCCAAUGGUAGUGGGCAUAACCCUCCAUAUCCAUCCGCGUCUCGCGAGCACAAUAUUCAUCCCCUCUUCCGCUCAACGAGCCCCUGUCCCAACCCGAACCCGACGCCGGGGAGCAUAGUGAAGGCGUCGCCUUCUGCGGGCCAGACGAUUACCCAGAAGACGCUCACGCGUAUGCGGUCUGCGCGUGAGCUGCGUGCGCCUCCCCCUUCCUCACCGUCGCCGUCGCCUGGUGUCGAGAUGGAGGGCCGAUCGCGGCUAUACGGGCGACGAAGUAUCACGCCGGAUGAGAAGGGGCGUGGCUUGAACUUGUAUGAAUCUCUGCAGAAGAGAUGA